AUGUCCACCUCUCUCGCUGAUCUGCUUCUAGUGCAAUUCUUUAUUUUAGGAUUGACAACGACUGACAACAUCCAGGGGCACCAUGACCUGACAACAGCUGCGAGCGGAGAGAGGCACAACUGGCAAGAGGUACCAGAGCUCAGUGACCUCCAGCUGGGAAGGACGGCAAUUCCGCAGGUGCCUGGGACUGACCACUGGCUUGGAGAUCACCUGGAGGUCACAGGAGACGCCAGCUCGGAUGCAGACAACCCAAACAAAGUGAGCUUUCCAAAACAAGCCGAGCAAAGGGCAAGGCGGGGGGCAGACCAAAAGAACAGGGUUGCCCCAGAAGAGGCGACUGCCGUGUCUCGCCCACAGGGCAACUCGGUGGAAUCUCCCCAGGUCGAACCAACCCAGUUCCAACUAACUUCCAAGAUCCCUUCGCUCAAAGAUGAGCGGGUGCAGGUAUCGGGGGGAGAAGCGACGUCUGAAGUUCUCAGCGAGGAAGUGAACGGAGUGGAAACAACAGCGAGGAGACUUCAGUUGGAGAAUACCUUGUACCCUGUCACCGACAACACUUACAGCGCGUAUGCGGUCAUGUUUCUAUCCUUGAUUCUCUUCGCGAUUGGGAUCAUUGGAAACCUGGCCGUGAUGUGCAUCGUCUGUCAUAAUUAUUAUAUGAAGACCGCCUGGAACAAUAUUCUGGCCGGCAUGGCGUGUUGGGACUUUUUUGUCAUCUUCUUUUGUCUGCCGGUGGUCAUCUUCAAUGAGAUCACUAAGAAAAGGCUGCUCGGGGACAUAGGCUGUAAAGUGGUGCCCUAUCUGGAGGUCUCUUCUCUCGGAGUCACUACCUUUAGCCUAUGUGCAUUAAGCAUCGACAAGUUUCGUUCUGCAACAAGCACACAGUCACAAAUUAGGCUGAUAGAAAGUUGUCUAUCUAUUGUGGCCAAGAUGGCAGUCAUCUGGAUAGGAUCCAUGUUGCUGGCCCUCCCUGAAGUCCUUCUCUGGCAACUGAAUCAAAAGACCUCCGUUGUCUCUGGGGUUAUCACUGACUAUUGCAUCAUCAAAACAUCUUUGAAUCUCCCUGAGCAUAUCUAUGAACUUGCACUGACCUAUGAGAAUUCCAGAAUGUGGUGGUACUUUGGUUGCUACUUUUGCUUGCCUGUCAUUUUCACAGUGACUUGCCAAUUGGUGUUGAGACGAGUAAGAAACACAGAGAGGAAAUCUGACCUCAAGAUUAUUUCUCAGCAUGCUCAGCAUGAAAAUCAAAAGAACAAUACUUUGAUUGGUCUGACUAUCCUCUAUGGCUUCUGCAUUAUCCCGGAAAAUGUUUCCAACAUGGUGGUGACCUACACCUCUCCUGAAGUCUCCAAGGAGACCAUUGACUUGCUCAACAUUAUUAAUCAGUUCUUCCUGUUCUUCAAGUCCUCUGUAACUCCAGUGUUGCUUCUGUGCCUUUGUAAGCCUUUAGGCAGAGCCUUCAUGGAUUGCUGUUGCUGCUGCUGUGAUGAAUGUGUUCCAGAGACCUCAGAAAUUGAUGUUCAUGACAGCAAGCUAAAGACAGAAAUGGCAACUAUUUUCUGUGAUAAUUCCAAGGAAACACCAACAAUGAUGACCCUCGGUACUCAAUGUUAG